ACAUCUACAUCUACAUCUACAUCUACAUCUACAUCUACAUCUACAUCUACAUCUACAUCUACAUCUACAUCUACAUCUACAUCUACAUCUACAUCUACAUCUACAUCUACAUCUACAUCUACAUCUACAUCUACAUCUACAUCUACAUCUACAUCUACAUCUACAUCUACAUCUACAUCUACAUCUACAUCUACAUCUACAUCUACAUCUACAUCUACAUCUACAUCUACAUCUACAUCUACAUCUACAUCUACAUCUACAUCGACAUCGACAUCGACAUCGACAUCUACAUCUACAUCAACAUCUACAUCUACAUCUACAUCUACAUCUACAUCUACAUCAACAUCAACAUCAACAUCUACAUCUACAUCUACAUCUACAUCUACAUCUACAUCUACGUCUACAUCUACAUCUACAUCUACAUCUACAUCUACAUCUACAUCUACAUCUACAUCUACAUCUACAUCUACAUCUACAUCUACAUCUACAUCUACAUCGACAUCUACAUCUACAUCUACAUCUACAUCUACAUCUACAUCUACAUCUACAUCUACAUCUACAUCUACAUCUACAUCUACAUCUACAUCUACAUCUACAUCUACAUCUACAUCUACAUCUACAUCUACAUCUACAUCUACAUCUACAUCUACAUCUACAUCUACAUCUACAUCUACAUCUACAUCUACAUCUACAUCUACAUCUACAUCUACAUCUACAUCUACAUCUACAUCUACAUCUACAUCUACAUCUACAUCUACAUCUACAUCUACAUCUACAUCUACAUCUACAUCUACAUCUACAUCUACAUCUACAUCUACAUCUACAUCUACAUCUACAUCUACAUCUACAUCUACAUCUACAUCUACAUCUACAUCUACAUCUACAUCUACAUCUACAUCUACAUCUACAUCUACAUCUACAUCUACAUCUACAUCUACAUCUACAUCUACAUCUACAUCUACAUCUACAUCUACAUCUACAUCUACAUCUACAUCUACAUCUACAUCUACAUCUACAUCUACAUCUACAUCUACAUCUACAUCUACAUCUACAUCUACAUCUACAUCUACAUCUACAUCUACAUCUACAUCUACAUCUACAUCUACAUCUACAUCUACAUCUACAUCUACAUCUACAUCUACAUCUACAUCUACAUCUACAUCUACAUCUACAUCUACAUCUACAUCUACAUCUACAUCUACAUCUACAUCUACAUCUACAUCUACAUCUACAUCUACAUCUACAUCUACAUCUACAUCUACA